AUAGAUUUGCACCGCUGAAGGCAGAGAAAGCGGGUGGAAAAUUCCACCAUGGUUCUGGACACUCCGGCACUCCUGGGACUGGUGAUCUACGCGAUAGUCAUCUCGUGGCUGUCUUGGUUAUUGUUUCGCAUGCUCUUUCCCCCCCACGCUUCUCCUGCCACUCUGCAUGUCAGGGACUAUGGAGAGGACCGCCGCAAAAUUCCUUAUGUAGCACCGUGCGCGAUACCGGAGCACAUUGUUUGUAAAGAGAAAUACAUCCUUAACUCCCGGGGCAUGCUGCUGCAUACGUGCGAAUGGUGGCCUCAGCACGUCGGUGACAAGCCACGAGCCCUGGUCGUGCAGUGUUGUGGGUUUGCGGACUCUAACACCUUUCUGCCCAUGACACGGUCCAUUCGCUUGGCUCAGCAGGGCUUUGCGGUGGUAGGGAUGGAUCCUGAAGGGCAUGGGCGGAGUGACGGAUUACAUGCCUACGUGCCUUCUUUUGCUGCCCUUGUGGAAGACUAUUGGCAGUGGUUCACGCGAGACAUACGAUCCAACUCCGCUUACGCCGGGCUGCCCACUUUCCUCCUCGGGGAGUCGAUGGGCGGGAACGUGGUGGUCCAGCUCCUGCUCCGGGACGGGUUGGAACAGACGAAUUACUUCCAAGGCGCCAUAAUGCUUGCGCCCAUGCUGGAGGUUUCUCCUCGCAUGAAACCCCCCAAGGCUAUGGUCACCUUCCUCCGUCAUCUCGCGCCUUUCUUGCCCACACUGCCCGUGACCCCUACCAAGGACCUCUUGAGCAAAGCGUUCCGACGUGCGGAAGUUCUGGCCAUGGCACAGAAAGCUCCCUACGGCUACAGGCUCAAGCCCAGGCUGGGGACCGCGCUCCAGCUCCUGGAGGCCACAGAGCUUGUGACCCAACGUGCCUCCGAGGUGCAACACCCCUACCUCCUCCUCCAAGGGGAUUCCGACGUGGUGACGUGCCCGGAGACCGUCAAGGUGUUUCAUGCCAAGUCUGGGAGUCGAGAGAAAGAGCUUAAACUGUACGAGGGUAUGUGGCACUCUCUCUUAAGCGGCGAGCUGGAGGAGAACAUCGAGACGGUCUAUCGGGACAUUUUCGCCUGGCUGGACCGCCGCUUGUCGCCAGAGGAGGACGAAAAGCGGCCAGGGAGGGGGCAACAGGAAGGCAAUUCAAAGGGUAUACUUGUCCAGGAUGGGUCAAGAGAUGGUGAGGCGCGUAGGCGGAGCGGGCGCCGGACAGGAGAAGCGAUGGAUUAGUAGAGCCACGGAGCACGGGGACCGGUGGGUAAAUGGAUGGGUCGCGUGGAGUAUAUGAGUCUGUAAAAAGCGCCAAAUGAGAAGUUUUCAAGAAAGCUUAUGGAAAGUGAACGGAAGCGAAUCACGUUGUGGGGGCCGAAGAAGCCCCAAGGCGCCCGCAAUGAUUGUAUAGAAAGACAAGGCGCCUCCUGGCCGACCAACUACUUUGUCUCCCUGUACAUUAAGCUCUCCUUCGAUCAUUCAUUCCCGCAAAUA